CUUUUUCUCUUUUUCUUUUCCUUCUUUUUUUUUUUUUUUUAAUAUUUUUACAUACAUAUUCUUAAUAAAUAAUUAUGGACGAACAAUUUCCGGUGAACUCUGGGAGUGUUCCUCCACCUUCUCAAUCGAGUAAUGUCACACCUCAUCAACUUGCUAAUUUUGCGACAUUUCAGAAUAAUACUGGGUUUCGACGUAAAGGAAAAGAAACCAUACGACCUAUUCCAAAAUUAAAGCUAGAGAGGAUUCUAGGACUUACAUCGACGUCGUCCAAUAUAUUAGCGACAGCCAACGACUUGAUAGCUUAUGCGGCAGGCGCUGUUGUAGUUAUUUAUAAUCAUAAACGCAAUAAACAAGUGGCAUUAUUAUACCCUCCUCAGACACAACAACAAUUGACAAAUGUAAAUAUAAACAAUACGAAUGCUUCGAAUCAAUUGUCGUCCUCUGCUUUACCGCUUAUUUUACCUCUCGGUGGUGGGGGUAACAAUAAUACGACAUCCAUGAACAAUGAAGUCCUGACUUCCACACAAAAUCCCACUAGCCAAGACGAGAAAAAAUCAGCGACACCUGCCAGCACUCGUGCAAAACCUAUCAGCUGCUUAGCAUUCUCCCCCGAUGGGAACUAUCUGGCUGCUGGAGAAAUGGGCCAUCAGCCUCGAAUCCUAAUUUGGGAUGUAAAAGAAAAAAAGCUACUCCGAGAAUUCAAAUCACACAAAUUUGGUGUCCUGUCAUUAUCAUUUUCUCCAAACAUGCGAUAUUUGGUAUCGAUUGGAUUUCAGCAUGAUGGUUAUCUUUAUGUCUGGGAUUGGAAAAAGGGAAUAAAAUUGGCCGGAAACAAAGUGACAAGUCGAGUCAAUGCAGUGUCCUUUUCCAAAGACGGCUCUUAUUUUGUUACUGCCGGUCUACGACAUGUCAAAUUCUGGUAUUUGGAUGCUCGCGGAAGAAUUCCUAAAAGAGGAAAUCUUUCGUCAAGAGAAACGCAGGUAUUGGAUGGUAGAUCAGGUAUCUUGGGUGUAUUACGUGACGCCAACUUUGUUGAUGUAGCCUGCGAUCGGAGUAGCAACACCGGUUACACUUAUUUCAUCACGGACCUUAGUAUUUUGUGUAUAUUUAAAGAAGGAAGGGUACUCGAUAAAUGGGUCGAUCUUCAGGGAAAAAACUCCUAUUCAAUUGCCGUCUCAUCAAAUUAUGUGAUAUGUACCUGCUCAGAAGGCGUCAUUCGUUUGUUUGAACCUGUGACAUUAAAGUAUGUGGGCAUCCUUCCAAAGCCUCAUCCAUUAGGGACCGAUAUCAGUCUCGUCACUUCACCCGAUAUGAUUCGUCCCACCGAUGCAUUUUAUCCCGACGCUGUAGCCAUGGUCUAUAACGAAAGUUCGCAACGCGUGGUAUGUGUGUAUGGCGAUAGGAGUUUAUAUGUAUGGGACAUUCGUGAUUUGAACAAGAUUGGCAAGUACAGAAGUUUUAUUUUUCAUAGCGAUUGUGUAUGGGGUGUGGAACCCUGUCCGAAUAUCGAAAGAGACGAUAAUGCAAUUCCACUGAAUUCAUUUGCUACCUUUUCGGCGGAUGGUACGGUUCGUAUUUGGAAUUUAGAUACACCCAUUCAUACAACAUCAUCCACCUCUUCUUCACCACUCUCGCCACCUCCCCCCGUCAACGGACAAAAUGGAAUUCUAUCACCCAGUAGUAGUACAGUGGUCGGAUCCCAUCGACGAAAUAUUUAUUCUCGGGAAUUAAUAAAGAUGAUUUAUGUGGAUCCCGAUGCAGUCAAAUUCUCGAAAUUUAAAAGUAGUUACGAACUCGCAGAAGAUCAAUGCCCUGAUUAUGGUAUUAGAUCCCUAAAAAUGAGUGCAGAUGGACAGUUAAUGGCAAGUGGUGAUCGUAGUGGCAAUUUACGUGUGCAUGAUAUGAAUUCUUGGGAUCUCCUCACCUACCAAGAGGCGCAUGAUUCUGAGAUUUUAUCUAUUGCUUUAACUACGCCUACAGAAAGAGAUGCACCUAGUUUAAUUGCUACGGCAAGUCGGGACAGAUUGCUUCAUAUUUUUGAUAUAAAAUCGAAAUUUCAGCUAGUUCAAAGUUUAGACGACCAUUCAUCCUCCAUCACAUCCGUCAAAUUCUCCGAAGAUGCCAGUCGGUUGAUCAGUUGUGGCGCGGAUAAAGGCAUCAUUUUCCGUCAACGUACCAGUCCCGUCACACCUUUUCUAGAUCCUACACCUCGUCCCUAUUCCACAUAUCACAAUUAUUCAGGACGAAGUACUGUGUUUGACAUGGCACUGGAUGUCAAUGGUCGAUUUGUAGCAUCAGUCACAGGUGAGCGCAAACUCUAUGUUCUCAGUGUUGAAUCUGGUAAACCAUUUCGUAUCUGUAAACCCGAGACAGCGGACGAGAUUGGAAAAUUUUCUGAAAAUUCAGGUGGAAGUCUAAUCAAUAUUGAUUUGGAUCCAUUUUCGGGCACCUUUGCUGUCACCAGUGGUUCAGAUCGAUGUAUUCGUUUGUUUGAUUUAACCAAUAGUACAUGUAUUGAAAAGAUGUGUGCUCAUUCAGAACUCAUCACAUCCGUCAAGUUUAUUCGUACGAAUACCGAAGAGGAUGGCUUACGUGUCGUCAGUACUUGUUCGGAUGGCACUAUCUUUAUCUGGAAGGUCAACCGAGAGAUUAUUGCUAAAAUGUGUGCACGAGCCAACGAACGCGAUCUCAAAUUGAAACAACAGCAAAGGGCAGAUGAUGAUGGAACGGAAGACAAGCGAGCAGCCAUGUUAUUGGGUUUACAAAACAAUCACAAUAAACGUAUCCGUCGUGUAAGUACCGCUACCAAUAUACGACCCACUGCCAGUAUCUCCCAAAUGAUCCGACAAGGUGAACGUCGUACCUUCUCAACCAUGUCACCCGCAGAACAAAAAUACGACGAUGUAUAUAAAAAAAUUGCGGCUUCUUCCGGUCGUCGCAACCAUGAUAACGCGAUACCCCAUCAUCAUCAUCAUUCAGCAGCACCAGCUGGAGUAAGUACAGGAGAAACUCCACCUGCAUCCCCUACCACGCCAAAUCGACUCCUCAAUAGUAAUCCUAAUCAUCGUAAUGUCUUUCUUCGAAAGGAAAAUCGAAUCAUGUCUGCACCUCCCUUGCAACAAGAUAAUAAUAAUGGUAGAAAAUCACCUCCGGAACAGCGCACAGGUAAAUUAGAUCGCUUGUAUAACGGAUUGCCAACAUCAUAUGGGCGAGAGAGAACAAUGAGUCAGGUCACGCCACCCACUGCUGCUGGUUUAGUGCAAUAUCGUCAACAAUCAUCAGCGCCUCCACCUUUAGUCUCAGGUGGUGGUCGAAAUCCGAUCCUAAGACGCGCGAUUUCUCGAGACGCUUUGAUGGGUAAGAAGGAACCUGAAUAUAAUGCAAAUACGAGCAGAAAAUCGCCUACCAAAACCAUGGCAUAUUUAUCCAACAAUACCAAACAACAAAGGGAAGCUUCCGUGAUCAGUCGAAGAAGUAGUCAACCUACAUUUACACGGAAAUUAACGGAUUCUCAACCUGUUGUAUCUGAUUUACAGCAAACCAUUGUGACGAAUAUCAAGGCCAAUUUUAAAACUUUGGCUGAAGAAGAUGACUCAGAUAAUGAUCAUAGCAGAGAUGAAGAGGAAAAGGAAGAUGAUGACGAAGUAGAUGAGGAAGAAGAGGAUGAAGAGGAUGAAGAAGAAGAAGAAGAAGAGGAGAUUAUUUUUACACCCGAACAAGAUAAAACAAGUAAAACCUUUGAAGUUUCAACGCAUCAUCAUCAUAUUCCGACUGCGUGCGAAGAAGAAGAAGAAUACGAGGAAGAAUACGGUGGGAGUACACCUGUUUCUGAUAGUGAAACAAAUACCACGCUCUGUAAUGAUGAAGAAUCCAGUGAAGAUAAUGUGGAUGAUGAAAUUAAUCGAGAUAUCACGGCAAGAGAACCACCUCGUGUUUCGACUUCCUUAAGUCGAACCACCAUGAUGAAUCACGCUUACAUUGAAAUUCAAAACAAAUUGGAAAAAGCAGCGAAAAGACAGAGCAUUACUGCCAGAUUUUUAUCUUCACUCUCUGGCGCUACUGCUGCUGCCGCCGUUGGUGGUGGUACACAUCGUCCUUCUUUGGAUCAUGUCAUGAGUUCUUUCCAAGAGUUAACCAAACCCAUACCCCCGAUCACGCCUCCUAUCUCUACCCAUGAAGAGCCUGUGACUUUAGAAGAAGAAGAGGACAAUGUAAAGCUAGAGAACGCCUUGUCUGAUUUAGAAGGCGUGACGAUAUUAUUGGAUAGUGUGUUGGAGGCGUAUCUGAGUAGUACCAAAUCAAACAGCAAUGAAAAAUCAAUUCGGGCGAUUGAAAGCAAAUUAAGUCAGGUUGCCGAUAAGAUUUCUAAAAGUGUACAACAACAAGAGGAGCCGGAACGAAAAGAAUCGCCAGAAACCAUCCAGUUGCUUGAAAGAUAUUCGAGCUUGUUACUGAAUAUGGUUGAGAAUAAAAUGAAAUAA